AUAGAACACAGUAGCUACUGCAUGACAUUAUUGAGGAGGCAUUCAAAUACUGGCUCCAUGCCCUGCCUUUCCCUGCAAUCAUUCAAUAGAAUUAAUACCCAUGUGCUACAAAAUUCAAAUGCUCUCCCUCAAAUAGCUAGCGUCCUCUGGGAGAAGAACUAGAGAGCUACGAGUGAGCUCAAAAGAAACAUCCAAUGGGAGAUUCUGUAAUGAAUUGGAUUAUUUCUGCAACAAUAUGUUGGACUGCAACCUUUCUACUUAUCAGAAGAAUAUUUCCCCGUCGCUCGUUUGAUUUCAGCAAUCGCCUAGUCUCAACAAUUCAUGCUUCAUUGGCUGUUUGUUUAGCUUCUCUGUCUGUUCAAGGUUGGCGCUGUCCUGUUUGCCCUCAAGCAUCAGAAUCUUCACCCCUGCAGAUGAAAACACUGGUGGUGACACUUUCAUAUCUAAUAUAUGAUCUAAUUUGCUGCCUCUUCCACAAGCAAGUGAACCUGGAAGAUGUAUUUCAUCAUACUAUCAGUAUAGUAGGUAUUGGAGCAGGACUUGCCUAUCAAAAGUCUGCGUCAGAAUUGGUUGCAGCAUUGUGGGUAUCAGAGAUCUCAAGCCCUCUGCUCCAUGUGAGGAAGCUCCUGAAAGAGCUUGGAUAUCGUGACACUGACCUUAAUUUUGUAGCCGAUAUUUCAUUUGCCUUAGUAUUCACAUUUGGAAGGAUGAUUGCUGGUCCAUAUGUGACAUUUGAGACUUGGAUGGCAGAUAAUCCUUUGCUUAUAAAGAUAAUGGCUAUGGGAUUACAACUCGUGAGCACAUUUUGGUUCUACAAGAUAGUCAGAAUGGCAAGGUACAAGCUGGCCAAGAGGAUGAAAUCAAAGUAAAUUGCCUGUAUAUCCAGCCGACUAACUAGAUCUUUAGUUUCCCAAGUCCUGGAGUCAUUUCUCAGCAAAUCUACGGAAACACUAUCCUAAUUUAAAUGCACAAAUGUAAACGAUUUGUAGCUCCAAGACAAUUUUCAAAGUUGCUAUCAAAGAAAUGUGGUGAAGUACUAAGAGUUCCAUAUUAUCUUAAGGCUCGCUACCCCUCCAGCACUACAUCCUGCAAGAACAGGAAUGCUUCAAUCUUUGUUUCUGUGUUGAGUAUCCUCACAAACUGAAAUCAAUGAGUUCAUUGGAGUGUCA